GAGGCGAAAAUUCAGAGGAGACUCGAGAGGAAGCGGAAAAAAGAUGCGGAAGGAGGCGGAAAGAAGCGGAAGAAACACAAGAAAAAGAAAGAUUCUUCCAGCAGCGGCUCGGACAGCGAUUCCGACUCGGGCGACUCCGACUCGGAUUCUUCAUCUUCUUCGGGCAAGAAGAAGAAAAAGAAGGACAAGGGGAAGAAGGCCGGCAGGGACGCCGCGCAGGCGCAGGCAGAGGAGCCGGUCGCGGCAGCGAACGCUGCCGCCCUGGCGGCGGCGACGCAGAGGGCGCUGGAAGCCAAGGCCAAGGAGAGAGAGGUGAAGCGGAAGGCGAAGGAGCAGCUUGCAGCCUGGGAGGCGGAGCAGAGGAGGAAGGCCGCAGAGGA